CUUCAUCACUAUACCCGAUGUGCUUAGCUAAACAAAGUCCAGCUCAUUUUAUAGUCUAGACCUGACUACCAAGCAGACUUGGAAUUCACACUUGUUCAGAAGGACCACCUUUGAUGCACCAUGCACAGGAGCUUCCACGACGAAGGGAACCCCGACGUCAUGAAUCUGCGGUGAGAUCAGGGAGGCGCACCAGCAAUUGCGAGCAUGGACCUACGAGGUCCCAGAGGGCCGGCGGUCAGCCAGGAACUGAAGGGUUUCAGGUUAGGGAUUCAGGCUGCCGGGAUCCCGGCCAGCAGCGUCAUUUCGGCCGUGCAGCAGCAGGACUACUCGGCCAGCGUCUGGCUCCGCAGGAGGGACAAACUGGAACAUUCUCAGCAGAAGUGCAUCGUGGUCUUUGCCCUGCUGUGCUGCUUCGCCGUGCUGGUGGCGCUCAUCUUCUCGGCAGUGGACAUUUGGGAGUUGUUCUGGUGGAGAACAUUCCAGAAGAUGUCGCCUUCACGAACAGCACCGCAUCCCACCUCCCCCUGUCGUCGGGGCUCUUCGGCCUACUGGAUCGGGCCAGCCGCGUGGUGGAGAUCGUCUCCCCACGGUGGCUCCUCAACUCCACCGAAUACGAGUCUAACUUCCAUCCUGCAACCAAACAGGGUAGACUUUUGCUGUCCAGGCUGCUGGCACUGAAGUCCAGGAAAAUACAGCUAAAGAUCUCCAGCGGGAUUGUGGACUCGGCAGAGCUUAAGACACUCGCCAGACACGGCGCAGAGGUGCACUAUUUGAACAUGACGGCGCUGACAAAAGGUCACCUCCACUCAUCCUUCUGGGUGGUGGACAGGAGACACUUCUACAUCGGCAGCGGCAGCAUGGACUGGAGAUCCCUGGCCACAAAGAAGGAGCUGGGUGUGAUGGUGUACAACUGCAGCUGUCUGGCUCUGGACCUCCACAGGGUGUUCAAUGUCUACUGGGGGCUCCAGUACAAGGACUUCAUCCCCUCCUUCUGGUCCAAACGCCUCUUUGCCUUCUUCAACAAGGACUCGCCACUGGAGCUCACCCUAAACAGCACCAAGGCCCAAGCAUAUGUCACUACCUCCCCGGAUGUUUUCAUCCCCAAAGAUCGAAGCAGUGACCUGGAAGCUAUUUCACGGGUCAUAAAGGAUGCCCGUCACUUCGUGUACAUCUCUAUCACAGACUACUUGCCCCUACUCAACACCAGCGCUUACAGGUACUGGUCUCGUAUCGAUGGGCUUAUCAGGGAAGCUCUGAUCCUGAGGAGGGUGCGCGUACGUCUGCUGAUAAGUUGCAGGGAAAACACUCAUCCGCUGACGUUCAACUUUGUGUGGUCUCUGAGGAGUCUGUGCAUGGAGGAGACCAACUGCUCGCUAGAAGCUAAGUUCUUCAACCCCAGACUGCAGAGGGAUGGCAAUCUCCAAGGCAUAAACCACAACAGGUUCAUGGUGACGGACAGAGCCAUUUAUUUAGGUAACCUGGACUGGGUGGGGAAUGAGUUCACCUACAAUGCAGGCGUAGGCCUGGUCAUCAGUCUGACUGAAGUGGUCCAGGAGGAGAGGAACACCACAGUGGUGCAGCAGUUCCGGGCCGCCUUCGAGAGGGACUGGUUUUCCAGCUACACCUGCUCCCUUCAGGCCAACAAGAUCCCAAUCUGCAGCAAGCACCAGAUGAACAGAGUGGUGCCGGCCAAAGACAGCCAGUUGGAUGGCGGGCCAGCGCCCAUCAGGAUGGGUCAGCAUAAUAAUAUCACUCCGGCAUCGAUGAGAAACGAUCCCAAAGACGAUGGGCAGGAUGGCAAAGCGAGGCGCCGGGAUGGAGUUCAGGGUGAGACCGAUGGACUGGUACCAGUUGGAGACCAGAAAGUCGAUCGACUUGAAUAGACACGGGUACAAAUCAGAAGG